AUGGCAAAUGUGGCAUUAAUUGGCUGUACUGGCAUGGUAGGUUCCCAUAUCCUCACCAGCUUGAUCGCCAAUCCCUCUGUGGCACGCGUAGACACCAUCUCCCGCCGAACACCUCAAGCAGCUUCUACUGCGCCCCACGCCAAGCUCACCACAUUCAUCUCCGGCGACACCGCCACCUGGGCUAACCAGCUCUCCUCCCUCACCCCGACCCCGGAUAUUUUUAUCUCCUCUUUUGCAACCACCAAAGCUGCUGCAGGUGGAUUCGAGAAUCAGUAUAUGAUUGAGCAUGGUCUAAAUGUGGAACUAGCCAAGGCUGCGCGCGAGGCAGGCACCAAGGUCUAUGUUUUGAUCUCAGCUAGUGGCGCCAAUAAGAACUCCAACAUCGCCUAUAGCCGUAUGAAGGGUGAGAUUGAGGAAGAUGUUAAGGCUCUUGGCUUUGAGUGCACUGUUAUCCUGCGCCCUGGUCUGAUUGCUGGUACCCGUGACGAGAGUCGUCCUCUUGAAGCUGGGAUUCGCUUUUUUGCUAGCUGGGUUGGCAAGCUGCACUCUGGCUUGAAGGAUGGCUGGGCCCAGGAGUCUGAUGUCAUCGGUAAGGCCGCUGUAAAUGCUGGGCUUAAGGCACUUGAGGGUGAUGUCCCUGCUGGCAGCGAGAAGGUCUGGACCUUGGCUGGGAGCGAUAUCAUCAAGUACGGCAAGGAGGCCUCGUCGUGA